GUUCUCAUGAAUGGUUUUAUAGGACAAGUUGUGAACAAUACGCCUCGAACUAUUUGGAACAAGAAAUUGCCUUUCUCUAGUUGGUUUGGACGGCACUUGUUUUCUCCAAAAGGUAGUCAUUCGUUCUCUACAUGUAUUGGAGCACUUCCAGUUUGUUUUCGCUCCGUUGCCCUUGUUUCAGCUAUCGUGGAUGGGAGUGUUGGAAAGUGUCGAUGGACCAGUUCUUUUAUAAUUUCUCACCGUUAUCAUUAUUUCAACGGUUGGAAGUUGGCCAAAUACUUUUAUAUUGUUGCUUUUGCCUCUGCUAUGUUGGUUGUAAUCGUUCUAUGGUGGAGAAGAAGAUUUCUAGUGAAGAAGUUGAUCGUUCGGAAGAGACCUUCAGUUAUAGAUAUAGGGCCUGCCAUCGCUAACUUUUAUGACGCAAGAUCCUAUUUGUGGGAGACUUUAUGGGGAGAGCAUAUGCAUCACGGGUAUUAUGGAGAAACAGGGAAAGAGAAAAAGGAUCGCAUCCGUGCACAAGAAGAUAUGAUAGAAGAGCUUUGGAAGUUUGCAGAAUUGGAUGACGUGUUAUCAACAGGUCCAGUUGUUCGCAUAUUGGAUGUUGGUUGUGGAAUUGGAGGUGCUGCACGUUAUUUGGCGAAGAAGGAUCCAAGCAUUCACGUCACAGGUAUUACACUCAGUAGGGCACAAGUUGAACGUGGGAAUGUGUUAACCAAAGCACAAAAGUUGGAAGAACAAGUGGAACUUGUAGUCGCCGAUGCACAUCAUAUUCCUUUUCCUGAUAAUUCAUUCGAUAUCGUAUGGAGUUUGGAAUCAGGCGAACAUAUGGCUGAUAAAUACUUGUUUUUGUCAGAAUUGUAUCGCGUCUUAAAGCCGAAUGGUAAGUUUGCUAUGCUGGUUUGGUGUCAUCGCAAAUGUCCUCCUCCACUCUCAGAUGAAGAACGUGUGAUAUUGUAUUCCAUUUAUGAAGCCUAUCGAUUGCCUUAUAUUUGUUCAUUGGAAGAACUUUCAAAUGUAACUUGGAAAGUAGGUAUGACAAGACUUAAAGAGGCAGAUUGGUCGGCUUCUGCAUUUCCUUUUUGGAUUCAAGUUCUACAAACUGCAUUUUCUAUGGAGGCAGUUGCAGAGUUGAGAAAAGCAGAUUGGGAUACAAUACGUUCAGUAUUUGCUAUUCGACAUAUGCUUCAAGCAUUACACAGAAAGUUGCUGGUAUUGGGUGCUUUAAGUGGAAUGAAAAGGUUAUCCGUUUGAGAGUUGAAAACAAAUAAAAAUGGUUUAUACAAC